AUGGCACUCAAGUACGCAGAACUCAAACCAGUCCCUUGCUUGAGCUACGCACAUGCGGUGAAGCUUAGGGAAAGCUCCGCUACUCCUAUUUUAACGCAGGUUAGAAAUGAUGUCACGAGAUACCGUUAUGGAGAUGAACAACAUCUGGAAGAAGCACUAAAACGUAUCUUCCAAUAUGGACUGGGUGGAGGAAUACCAAGACGUAGUGCACCUAUCUUAACGAUGAUAAGGGAAGAGGUCCUGAGCGAUGGUCGUUAUUGCCUUGUCCUUGUAUUCGAGGCCAAAGCUCUCAAGUUGUCAGAUUUCGAACAAAGACAUGCGAAAUUCACUUCCUUCUUUGGACCAAACAUCACUGCAGAAGUCGGUAAAGGAGAAAGUGAGAAUGUCUAUGAAGUAAGACUGACCUCUAACGUCUCCACCAGCUCUGUAUCUUCUUCUACCUCUUGA